GCAGUUACAGAGAUUAUCCUGCAGGAGGCGGUGCGCCGCCUGCAAUGUCACACAACCAUUUCCAGCGCAAUUUACUUUUUUAGUUUCUUUUUCUCCCUUCGUCUCUGUCUUUCCUUUUAUUUUGAGCAGCCUCUUGUUCUGACGUCUCACGACCAACACGGGGUGUGAAGAAAUACGCCGUCGACGAAGCAGUCAGGGAGCGAGAGACAGAAAAAGGUAGAACAAGAGUUAACAGAUACAAGAGCAGCGUGUAGAUGUGAACGGGGGUGCUGGUCAAUUUCUGCUUUGCUGAAACCUACAAACGGAUCAGAAUUCCGGAAAAAAAUGCAAACUGCUCGCCCCUGCCAGACAACAGAAACAGGAAAGUUCGUGCUGUUUUCUCCAAGCGUGAAUAUGAAUCUUUAAGAACCAACUGCAGGCAUCCUUAUUUAUUUAUUUAUUGUUCUUCCCAAAAUCUGCUGGGUUCGGACUGAAGAGAAUUGGGAAACUCCCCUUCCACAUGCUGGCGGUAAGAUCGAAGGAAAGCCCAGCGGUGGAGCAACGUUGAACUUUUUUUCCCCCAAUGCGGAGGAUUCAUCCGAAAAAGAGAGACUGUCUGUUGAACUAGCUGGGAGACGAUUACUAAAAUAGAGCUUUGAAUCCUGUCUUUGCGGACCUUGCCACACGAAGUUUGGCGAUUGUGCUGCAAUAUUUCAACCCAAGAGAUUGUGGUGUGGACAGGACUGUUUUUGUACCGUCAACUGGUGAGAGGACUAAUGCAUAACCUCAGUUAACCAUCAGCGGUUUCAGAAGUGAUCCUCUCUAAGUGCCUUCAACACGUUAGUACUUCAUCUAGACUGAAGCGUCAUUAUGUUGAUGAAAGAGUACAGGAUCUGCAUGCCUCUCACUGUGGAAGAGUACAGGAUAGGACAACUGUACACUAUCAGCAAGCACAGUCAUGAGCAGAGCGACAAGGGCGAAGGGGUGGAGGUGGUUAAGAAUGAACCCCACGAGGACCCUGUACAUGGAAAAGGGCAGUUCACGGAGAAGAGAGUUCACUUGUCCAGCAAACUCCCUAGCUGGGCUAGGGCUGUGGUGCCCCGAAUAUUUUAUAUCACAGAAAAGGCCUGGAAUUACUAUCCUUAUACCAUCACAGAAUACACUUGUUCCUUUUUGCCAAAAUUCUCCAUUUACAUUGAGACAAAAUAUGAAGACAACAAUGGCUGCAAUGACCAUAUUUUCGGCUCGGACAAAAACCAUACGGAUCAUGAGGUGUGCUUCCUGGACAUCGCUUAUGAUGAGAUUCCAGACCGUUACUACAAGAGUUCAGAGGACCUCCGGUAUUUUGCGUCAGUGAAGACUGGACGGGGUCCUCUGAAGGAGGGAUGGAGGAAUGACCCUUCACCUGUCAUGUGCUCCUACAAACAAGUGACUGUUAAGUUUGAAGUCUGGGGUCUGCAGACAAGAGUGGAGCAGUUUGUUCAGAAGGUGAUCAGGGACAUCUUACUAAUAGGUCAUCGACAAGCCUUUGCCUGGGUUGAUGAAUGGUGUGAUAUGACGAUGGACGAGGUUCGGCAGUAUGAAAAGCAAACGCAGGAAGCGACGAAUGAGAAGAUCGGAAUUAUGGCCCCCACUAUCUCCGUCAGCGAAGCUGCCCAGCCUCCAGCUACCCGCAGUGCACCUGCCAGUGCACCGUCCACACCGCUCAGUGGAGACCCACCUGAUUUCCUCACUGUUCCAAAGGACAGACCACGGAAGAAGUCUGCCCCAGAAAUGCUGACGCUGCCAGAGCUCAGAGAGCGCUCGACCAAUAAGUAGUACCACCUCCAUGCCAACCUGGGGGCUUUGUUUCUGUGAAUUUCCAGUUAUUGAAUUUACCUAAUGCUACUUAACUGAGAAAACAAAAAAAGAAGCCAUCUGUUAAGGGGUUCUCUAAAGCUUUAGCCUGUAAAGAUGUUGGGCAGUGAUCUUUACAACAGCAAGCCUGCGUUAAUGCUGACUGGCCAUUAAGAUUAGCAUUCUGAAUUUGAGAUAAGGAUUUCAGAUGAGGCAAUGUUCUUUUUCAGUAUUUUACUACACUCUCUUAUCAUUCCUUGUUAGGACUUUUAGGCAGACUCAGGACUUAGUAUUAGCAUGAUUGAUAGCGUACAUUGUCACAUAAAUGCAUUUUUAGUUUAUAACCUAGCCUCAAUGCUAGAAAGGAGAAAGAUGGAGUGAACCAAAGUCUUGCUGCUCAAUAGGAAUUCACUCAUGGUGCAAGCUCACUCCUGUUUGCAGGCUUUAAGGAAAUCAGAAUGAAGUUUCGCACACACCCAAUGAAUCAAAACCAUAAGGUCCCCACAGUAUGGUAUUCCCAAGCUGGUUAUUAAACCUUUGAUUUUAUUGCCGCAUCACUUGCCAAUAGUAUUUACGGUAAAGCCAUUUCAUUGCUGUGUGCCCCAAUUUCUCUGCCCAGGCACAACAUCUCCUCACUGUGUAAAAGCUUCAGUCUUCUAAUGGGUUGAGUCAUGUUCCCAUAUCUGGGUAAGUGUCUCUGAAAUCCCAUGGAAAAGCUUUCGGUGAUGUUUGACAUUUGGUUGACAGUGUCUCACUCGCCUCUGGCCAUCCACCUCUCACCUUACGUUUUGUUUCGAUUUGCAUCUGUUUGCAAUUAUUGCCCCCAAUUGCAGCAUCCAAUCUGUCAUUCAAACAGGAUAUUCCCCUUUCUGCAGUAGAAUAAAACCUCUUUGCAAUGGGUUUCUAACCGGAAUUCAUUCCUUUUUCUGAGCCCUGUCAAACUGUGUGCCUCUCUCAGGCUUCCUUUCGAUCUAGAAUCUUAAAUGCCUUUAAAAUCCAUCUGGUAAGCAGAAUGGAAUCUCUCACCCUCCGCACCCAAACCCCCACCCCCAGUCACAGGCCACCCUGUCUUUGAUAUAAAUGAAGUCAAUAGGUAUUGGUUUGGAAUAUGCAAUUGGUUUGAGUCAGACCCAGCAGAAAGGACGAGGUUUGUGGUUGUUGGAGGCCAACCCUUUUGUUGUGUUUCAUUUCUCGACCGAUGUGCGUUUUACUGUUGUGGUGCCACAGGCUUUGUAGCGUGCAAGUGAACUAAGCCAGUCAUGUUACCAACAGACCCUUAAGAACUUGCAGUCACUCUACUUUGUAUAACAUUCCAAACACAGCAGCUCCUGAGUCACCAACACUUGCAAGACACAGAAAGGAAACGUGAUUGGAUGAAAGCAACAGUGGAUCAUGACGGGGACCUCCCGUAGACCUGACUGAAGCAGAACUGUUUGGCUAUCUUCUUUCCAUGAGGAGGUUAACUGCUUCAUUCCAGGACCUGGAUUCUGGUUUUUCAUCAGCUAGAGUUGAUGGACCAGUAUUCGAUAUCGCUGAUAAUGCAGUGUGAUAGCCUGCAUCACUUACUCAGACUUUACAUUUAAAUGACCUGAAUCACUUUAAUAAAUUGAAACAGUUAUUGUUUGCAUCGUAAGCAUGAUUUUUUUUAUUGGUAAUGUUAAUUUCUGAUAUUCUAUGAAGACUUGGAAAAACACAAUUAAUUUGAAUUUCCCCAGAUGGCAGAGCCUGUACAGUACUGUGGGAAGUUCCUAAGUGCUAGUUCAGGAUCUCCCGUCACGCUGGCAAGAAACACCAACUUUUUUUCACCAAACAGAGGUAGUUCUAAAUAAUUGGUCUAACAAAUCAUGAGGCUAGACAAUUGUUCAGGCAAGGCAUGACAUCUCAGAAAGAAUCAAGGGGAUGAAGAUUUUUUUUUUAAAAAUCACUAUUUUUUUCCAACAUGACUCAAUAGCAAAGAUUAAUGCUUCUGGUUUUGGUGUACCUAAGACAAUUAAAAGAGAAGACUGUAAAACUUUAAAUGAGGCACUAAUUAUUAAUUUACCUGGGUCAAUACGACUUGGAGGAUGUUCCCUGGCAACCUUUUCUUUGAAAAUCUGAUCUUACUUUCCACAUUCUUGAAACUGCUGUUUAUUCAGAGUGACUCGUGUUGAAAUGCACCCGUGCUAUUCCUAUGUGAAGCAGACUGUACAAUUAAUGGCACUGUGUACACUUGCUACCUUCUACAAAAAGACUGCCUAACCCACUGAAAUCAUCAUGCAAGGCUGAGUUAACAUUGUGUAUAUAAAGAAAUGUAAUGUAAGCAGUUUUGACUGGCCUUCAUAAGAGAGUCUGUUGCAGUAGCUGUAAAUAGUACAGAAGAUGUAUAAUUUUAGUUGAAUGCAUUAAUAUCACAGGAAGUGAAGGAAUGUCUUGGCUUUCUACAUUAUAAAUGUUGUUCAUGGUGGUAAAUGAAUAUAUUACUAGAUAUUAAUGGUUCUUGGUUUUGAACUUUAGGGAUUAAGUUAUAGUUAAGCUUCAUGAAGUGUACUGAGGAAUAAGGGAUUGCUUAUAUUCAUUAAGACCAUUGUGUAGUUACUCUUUUAAUAAAAGAAAUGUGCAAAGCAA